AUGUCGGUCCCGCGACUAGAAUUGCUAGGCUGUGUGCUAGGAGUGCGGUUGAUGAAGUUUGUGCAAGAUUCUCUCAGUGUUCCUAUAGUCAAACGAACGUUGUGGACGGAUUCAAUCACCACACUAUCGUGGAUACAAGCGGAUCCACGUAACUAUCGACCGAUUGUGGCACACCGGGUAGGAGAGAUCCUUGAAUCGACGAGCGUUGAUGAGUGGAGAUUCGUUUUUCGUCGUGGAUCACCGAUUGAGUUUUUCACAGACAAUGGGACCAAUUUUCAAGGAGCCGAUAGAAUUCUUCGAGAGCAGAUUAACCAAGGACUGUCGGCCACAUUUACAAACACAUCGACCAAAUGGACCUUUAUUCCACCUGGAGCCCCGCACAUGGGUGGAGCGUGGGAGCGUUUAGUACGCUCUGUUAAAGCUGCUAUGGGAGAUGCGUCUGCGGACGGCAAGCUUGACGACGAAGGACUGCUUACUUUGGUAACGGAGGUAGAGUGUUUGGUGAAUACGAGACCCCUGACAUACUUGCCGCUUGACUCAGAGGAAUCGGAAGCGCUUACACCAAAUCAUUUCCUGAUAGGCUGUUCCAGUGGAGUUAAGCAGCCGCUAGUUGCUACAAACUGCCAGCCAAAAUCCCUACGCGCGUCCUGGGAGCGAAUUCAAGAGCAGCUGAAUGUGUUUUGGAAACGCUGGAUUAAAGAAUACUUGCCAGUUAUUCGGAGGCAACCUAAGUGGUUUAGCGAAACGCGAGCUGUUAAAAUUGGCGACCUGGUCUUGAUUGUCGACGAGGGAAAACGCAACGGGUGGCUGCGCGGACGCGUGAUUGAGGUAAUGGGCGACAAUGAAGGGAAGGUUCGCCAGGCUGUCCUUCGAACUCCGAGAGGUAUUCUACGACGAUCAGCAUCAAAGUUGGCGGUGUUGGACGUGGGCAUGGAGAGUGCAGUCUCGGCUAAUAGCAAGAUGCACCCGGGGGAGGAUGUAAACGCAUCUGAGGAUCCGGCAACCCUGAUCACCGAUAACAAUCAGCUCGCCAAUCUAUAG